AUGUGCGAUGGACCUCUUCCUUCUCCGCCUCCACCACUUGCUGACCAGAUACCUUUAAAUGGGCCUUUACAGGUUCCUUUAGAUGGUUCUGAAGCUGAAGCUAAUGUAGCACGACUCGAGCCUUCCCCACCACCUCCACCCCCUCCACCUCAAGUACUUCCAAUACUACAAGCUGGAACGAUCUCCAAGCCUUCAGUUGUGGCCACAAAUUCCGGACCCCCUCAGGACUUAUUGUCAGCUAUCCGUGCUGGUUAUCAACUGCGAAAAGUCAGUGAUCGCCAAACCGGCUCAGGUGUUACUAACGGAUAUAAUACAAACACUCUUAAUAGCAAGCCUAGAGAUGUACAGGUCAGUAACCAAGUCAAUUACCACAUAUUUUUCUUCUUAGUUGCUUUUGUACAUUCACCUUCAAUGAUAUUAUUAGUCUUGGAAAAAUUGUGUAAUAAUGAAUAUCGAUUAGCACUUUGUAUUCAUCCAAUAAGUGCUAGUUAG